AUGUUGCAGGCUUUGGGAGGCUCUUUGCCCCCUAACACUGACCAUGUAUGUACUGCGAGUCCCCCCGCGGUGUGCCCCUCCAUGGAUUCUCUACACAAGAAAUCCGCAAGAACAUGGGCUUUUCUGGAUGGUAUGGAAUCGCUGACAUAUGAGAAGGCUGUCAGUGCAUCGCUGCCGACCUGGAGAUCGAAUAUCGGUUACGAGGAGGGUGAGGAUUGGGUGAUGAGCAAGAUGGAAUGUGGUUAUCCUCGGUUUUUCGUGCAUCCCCUCAUCCAAAAGCUCGUCCAGGAGGUGGUCCGUCGCGUGGGAGACCAGGCAUUGGAAACAGCGACACUUUUUUCUUCGCUCAAGACGGCGCGCAUCUGUCACUCGUUUAUCGUACCCAAAAUUCCGGCCGAGCAGUCGCACAAAGUACGGAUCGUGAAUUUCAUUCCAUCUCACACCGAAGCAAGAUCGACUACGAUCACAACCUUUUUAUCUUGUGUUAUCUACCCGAAGGAAUACGCCUCUGUUGCCAAGCAAGUGUGGCAGCAUUCAGGGAAUGGCAUCUCCAGCCGACGGAGCGAAUUCUGCUUCCGUGCCUUGGAGGAUGGUUUCUUGGUGGAAGAGAAGGCUUCUGCAACAGCGGAGUCAAUUGCGCAGCGGCCCUGUAAGGGUCCUCGGAGAUACCAAGGGCGAGGCGCCCUAAAUGGGGUGACGCGGGGUUCAGCGCAUUCAGUGUCAGGGGAUUCACCUUCAGAGCGCAAUGGCGUUGACGAUGGCCGCGACUAUUCUCAAUUUAUUGAGGAGCGGUUCGGCCGAAAUCUCAGUCCCAUGCUUGCAGACCAGGCUAAGCUCGCCAUACGCCGACGAAUCGCCGGUGUGCUGACUGCUGAUAUGGAGCUACCGGAAGCCCUGGAGACGACCUCAUCAGAGGCCCGGGUAUCUGGGACUUCAGAAGAUGAUGUCUUUCUUUUCCCAUCGGGCAUGAGCUCCAUCUUCAACACUCACCAAAUCUUGAUGAAUGUGCGAGGGCCCAUGAACAGCAUUUGUUUCGGAUUUCCGUACACCGAUACCUUGAAGAUUCUCCAAAAAUGGGGGCCAGGUUGCUUAUUCUAUGGCCAUGGCUCAUCGGAGGAUCUGGACGACCUGGAGACUCGACUGAAGAAUGGUGAACGAUUCCUUGCACUCUUCACUGAAGCGCCGAGCAAUCCGCUCCUCAAGACACCGGAUCUGGUGCGGAUUCGGUCGCUGGCAGACCAGUAUGGCUUUGCUAUUGUGGUCGACGAGACCAUCAGCAACUUUCUCAAUAUUAAUGUACUUCGGCAUGCGGACAUCGUCGUCAGCAGUUUAACGAAGAUCUUCAGCGGAGACAGCAACGUCAUGGGAGGAAGCGCAGUUCUCAACCCUCAUGGGCCCUUGUAUCAGAGGUUGAAAGAGUCAUUUGAGCGAGAAUAUGAAGAUCUCGUAUGGGCGGAAGAUGCUAUUUUUCUGGAGAGAAACAGCCGCGACUUUAUCACCCGAAUCGACAAGAUCAAUGCUACGUCCGAAGUCAUUACAGCCAUGUUGAAGGAAUCACCAUUGGUCAAGGAGGUCUACUAUCCAUCAUACAGUCCCACAAGGCCCUUGUAUGACCGACUCCGCAAUCCUAACGGCGGAUAUGGGGGUCUCUUCUCCGUCACAUUCCACUCCAUCGCCGAGUCGAUUGCAUUCUAUGAUACCCUGGAGGUUAUGAAGGGUCCUAGCCUUGGCACCAAUUUCACGUUGAGCUCCCCAUAUGCCCUGCUAGCUCAUUACAGUGAACUGGACUGGGCGAAAUCAUUCGACGUGGAUCCCAAUCUGGUCCGAGUUAGCGUGGGCUUGGAAGACGUGUCAGAUCUGCGCUCACGAGUACAGCGGGCGCUUGAUGCAGUGGAAAAGGCAAAAGAAUGA